AUGAUCGGCGCUGGUCGUCGUCGAAAGCUUUCGUCUUGGGUCGUUCGUAAAUCGUGUCUUAAUCACGAGUUCGACGCGGCUGUGUCUCCAUUUUGGAAACGACGGCGGACGCAGCACCAGACGGCAGACAUUGACCCAAUCAGAGCGGUUAGGGGAACCCCCCGACCCGCGACCGCGGCCGACACACCGCCACGGCCCGCGCACGCCAUCGCACAAUGUCGAAAACGUGACUGUGACGUCAGACUAUUGCGUAGUAGCGGCGCCGCCGACUCUCGCGCGGCACGUCGGCGGCGGGCCUGCUCCGCCGCAUUUCCAUAUUUAUUUACUUCUUUCGUGUCCGGCGUCAUUACUCAUUGGCCGUUGCGCCGCGUACCGUUGGGCGGCCAAAAAACGACCGGUCCUGGCCCUUUUCCGAUCGCCGAUUUUUCGACAUUUUGUCAUAAACACAAUUUGUGGCAAUCAUCAGCUGACAACCGAAAACAAAAUAUCGAUCUGUUUAUCUCGUAG